GUUGUCACUCAUAAUUUCUAUCAAAAAAUUGUUUACUGCAUUUAACUACGAUGUCUGAUGAAAAUGAAAAUCUCAGUAAUGCGGAGACACAGUUAUUGCUGAGAGUACGGUUGAAUAUGGAGGACGAGUUUAAAUCGGGUAGAAGGAAAAAAAAUGUAUUGUGGAAGAAAGUUGUGACCGAAGUUAAAAAUGUAAAUCCCAAUAUAAGACUGGACAGUACCACAGCGCAGAGAAAAUGCUUAAAUCUCUUGGUAACGUACAAGCGCAUUAAGAAAAGAAAUAAUUCUUCCGGUAGAGAAGCUACAUCCUGGAGGUAUUUUGAGGACUUCGGCGAAGUUUAUGGUACAAGGCACUCAAUGACUCCUCCAACAGCAAAUUAUUAA